CAGUCUGAUGUUAAAGACUGCUGCCUUCUCGGUGCUCCAAACCAGAUGCUUAGGAGCCAUAAACAGCCUCCAGACAGGGACAAAAAUCAAACACACACACACACUCAUACACUCACAUGCUGAGUGAGAGACAGAAGACAUCGAUUAGAGCUCUGUUCAUUUCAAGGUUUAGUGCUGCAUUUAUUUCCAGCUUGGAAGCAGUUCAUGGUACUAUAUGUGAGAAGAAGCAGGCAGGAUCAUGGCCCUGAGUCAUGGAGUGUGACAUUGAAUUUUACAAACAUUUUACUUGGCUUAGAAAGGUCAACCUGCGGACGCUGGGAAACAACGAGAGCUAUCAAGAACGGCUCUGUCGACUCGAGGGAGAUAAGGAAUCACUUGUGUUACAGGUGAGUGUGUUGACAGACCAGGUAGAAGCUCAAGGAGAGAAGAUCAGAGACCUGGAGAAUUCCCUUGAAAAGCACCAGCUCAAGCUAAACUCCACUGAAGAAAUGCUGCAACAGGAGCUACUGAGCAGGACUGCGCUCGAGUCGCAGAAACUAGAUCUGAUGGAUGAGGUUUCCUUUCUGAAACUGAAGCUGGUGAGCAUGGAGGAGAGGCAGAAUCACAGCGCUGAGAGACAACACAAAGCUGAGAGCUUGCUCCAGGAAUUGAGGUUGCUCAAAAAUAAAGUGGAGGAACUCGAGGAUGAAAAGUUACAGUAUGAGAGAAAACUCAAGGCUACAAAGCAGUCUCUGAUGACUCAGUUGUCGAGUCUGAGGCUGACGGUGGAGCAGCUGCAGGUGGAGAGGCAGCAGUGGGAGGAGCACAGCAAGAACCUUCAGGCAGAAAUCUCAGGCCUUCAGCACCUCCUGCAGUGUAAGAAUGUGGAGAUCGAGAACCUUCAGGCCCAGCUCCUCUCCAGAACUCCCAUGUCUAUUGAGAGUUCAGAGAGAGAGGAGUUAUACAGGAGAAGGCUCAACACCAAACAUCAGGAGCUUCUAAAAUUAAAAGCCGGAAUGGAAUUACUAAUUGCAGCCAAUGAUGAAAAGGAUCGGCGUAUAGAGGAGCUUUCUCUUCUCCUGAGCCACUGCAGACAGUUUCGAGAUGGCAAGGCCUUGUUUCAACAAAUGGCAGCGCUGCAGGGCAGCAGUGAGGAAGAAGAGCAAAGUGCAUCAGUGAAGACCAAAGCUCUCACUAUAAAAGCUAACUCAGAGAUGGCAUCUGGUGCAUCCUCUCCACUUCUUGCAUCCAAAAUAUCUGAUCAGAAGGAAACAGAAUCCAGGUCACAGCCAAGAAAUCUGUCCAGCAGCCAGGAAGAUCUGAAAAAUGAAGUGACACAAAAGCCUGCAAUCGGGACUCCUGUAGAACCUGCCUGCUCAGACGAGGGUUCUCAGUCCAAACUGGAGAACGGGAAAUGCACGCUGAUAGAUGGUAAUAAAAGCGAUGACUCGGAGCCGAGGUCUCCAGAAGGCAACCAGGAUGGAGACGUGAACCAGAGAAAGGCGGAGAGAACGGAAGACCCGAGCGCUUGCGAUUCUUCACCCACAUCGUCUGGUGCGGAUUCAGGAGAACAUUCCCCCGUCUCACAGGAAAACAUGAAGAACAACAAGAGCAUACGCAAACUGUGGGGGAAGAUCAGGAGGACGCAGUCGGGGGGUCUGGGGCCAGGCGAUGAUCUGGAGCCCACUGAGUUUCGGAGAGGGGGACUGAGAGCCACAGCUGGACCACGACUGGCUCGAACCCCUGACUCGGCCCGCUCCGUCCGAGACAUGACGGUCCCAUUCUCCAACUGGACCACGGAGCAGGUGUGUGGUUGGUUGGAGGACUAUGGACUCGGUCAGUACGUCAACUUAGCGCGUCAGUGGGUGAUCAGCGGGCAGACCCUCCUCUCCGCUACGCCUCAGGAGUUUGAGAAGGAAAUGGGCAUCAAACAUCCGCUCCACAGAAAGAAACUGCAGUUGGCGCUCAAGUCAUUCAACAGCAAGGCGAUGGAGAAAUCCUCUGAGCUCGAUCACAUCUGGGUCACACGCUGGCUGGACGAUAUCGGCUUACCUCAGUAUAAAGACCAGUUCCAUGAGAGCAGAGUGGACGGACGGGUGCUCCAGUAUCUCACCGUGAAUGACCUUCUGUUCCUGAAGGUCACCAGUCAGCUCCAUCAUCUGAGCAUCAAGUGCGCUAUUCACGUCCUCCACGCCAACAAGUUCAACCCGCACUGCCUGAGGCGCAGACCGGGAGACGAGAAUAAAACAUCUCCGUCUGAGGUGGUGCAGUGGUCUAAUCACCGUGUGAUGGAGUGGCUGCGCUCGGUGGACCUCGCCGAAUACGCUCCUAAUCUCAGAGGCAGUGGCGUGCACGGAGGCCUCAUAAUCCUGGAGCCUCGGUUCACCUCUGAGACGCUGGCCAUGUUACUGAACAUCCCUCCUCAGAAAACACUGCUCAGGCGCCAUUUAACCACCAACUUCAACAGUCUGGUAGGAGCCCAGGCUCAGCAGGAGAAACGCGAGUAUGCCAAUGCCAGUGGGCACACGCCGCUCACCACCACCGCUAAAGUCCGGCCGAAGAAGCUCGGCUUCACAAACUUCAGCCACCUGAGGAAGAGGAGGACUGAUGAUUCAGCGGACUAUAUUUGCCCAGUCGAAAUGGGAAACUCACCGGUGUUGAAUGGUACGACCCAUCAGCUCUAGCAAAGCUUCAGUGCUUCUCUAACUUCCAGCUUCUCCUGGACUUGUGUAGACCGGAUCAGAAUGCAAUCAAGAUCAAGACCAAGUGAGCAUCGAAGUCCUGAUCUUCCCUCGACAGUCUCUCUUACUGUGACUGGUUCGCUCGUCUUCUCCGCUCACAUGGACAGCACAGGUGUAACCUCGCCGGACUGGAGGAGUUCUGCUCUUUCAUCUGGAUGUUUUUUUUUUUGUUUAUAAGCUUUUGGGUUUUUUUCUUUUUUUUUCCAUGCUGAUGUAAUGAUUCAUUGACACCCCGACAAUUCAGUUAUCAUCAGUGCUAAACACGUUACAUAAUAAAUAAACCAGUCAAAUAA